CACGUCCUCUUCUGCAGCCUUUUCGAUAGGCCUGGGCCUAUGCGGGCUUCGCGCGUGCGUGGUUUUGGACGAGUUUCAGCCUUUUCGUGGCAGUGUUGCGGUGGGCGGUGAAUUGUGUGGUGAGGGAUGAGGAAGGCGCUUGCGGGCGGAGGCUUGGGGGCGGGUUUUAUAGAGGAGAGUGCCUCGCGCGGUAUUGUGGCCUCCAUUUUCGUCUUUUGAUUGUCGGCCUGGGCAACAACCAGGGUUUAUUCAGCGGGGACACGAUCAUCUGCUUUCAGCACGUAGGAGUGCAUAGAAGAGCUUCCAGAUGCCAGCGCCAGGAUCCACGCUUAAGCCGCGAUGGCCAGCAGUGCCAUAUCCGAUGAAUAAUGGCACACAGGCGAGAACAACAUCCAAGCCGCCCGAUAUCCCGAACGCUGUUCGAGAGACACCGUCCAUCAUACCAACACCAAUCUAUACGUCUGUCGAAGUCAAGCCCGCCGACCAGAUACCACGGACAUCAAGCCAUGCUCCGGUUCCCAGCUUCCCUGCAGCCGCUCCAAUGGCGGCAACGCUAUUACAAGGCUAUUGUACCGAACCCGCAUACACUAUAAUCGAUGGACCAACAGCGGUGUGGAUUCCGGUGGUAGGGUGCAUAUCUUCGAAGGCGGAUUGUUGUCCGACGCCAACUGCUGGCGGAGGAGCUGCGGCAAUGACGACGGGCACAGGUGGAGAUCCUGCUCGGGAUAACGGAGCGCAGUUCCCGAUAUCUUUCCUGCCGAGCCAGGGAACGUUGACCGGAUGCCCAAAGGAUUAUCAUACCGUUGGUGGAACGGCGUGCUGUCCUUCAUCAUACUGGCUAUGGAGUACCUCGCUGGGAGGCCAGGUACCAUGCUAUUCGUCCCUCUCUGCGAAGCUCACCCCUCCACCCAUCCCGGACACGCUCGUCAACGGCGGCAGCGAGCGCAAGACGGGGUCUCUCUUCACCACCACCCCUACCUCCGUUCACGCUUCCGCGCUCACCAUGUCCCAAAAACCAACACUGGCCAUCGUCAACAUCGCAUUCUCUAUGCAGUACCCUAUGGUGCCUCCACCAGAGCCGGCAUUGGCGAAAAAGGCGAAGAUCGGUAUCGGAGUCGGAGUUUCGGGUGCGGGAAUACUUUUGGUGGCGCUGCUCUGGUUUUUGAUCAGGAAGUUCUUCGCACAUCGCAAAACGAAGGGUGAUCUGAGGCAGAUGCAGGAGACGAGCGUGUCGCAUCGGUUUAGAAGCGAUGUGGAUACGAGCCGCGUCGCACAUGAGCCUGCUGGAGUCGCGAGGACGUUCGGCGGCAAGAAGUAUGCCAGUGUAGCGGCUAGAGGUGUCAACUUUUAAUGGGUGGGCUUUCGGGAUUCCCUUGAUGAGGGUAAAUAAGAUUGUGGAAUGUCCUUGCUGGAAGAAAGAAUCGGGAUCCUGCUAGCCAGAGGGCCGGUAUCUGAUUGGCACCCAAGCCAAAAAGAAAGUUUAUCCAUCGCACAUGGGUCGAAAACACUGCGCAAUGGCUUCGCGAGAGCCGCUCCUUCGUUUGUAGCGAGGAAUAUGGUAGAAAGACUGGCCUGGAUUGUUUGCGGUUAGACUCAUUCCAAGCUAAAGCCUUGAUGUCCUAUAUCUUGAUUAAUCGAUGUUGCUGAACGAGUGUAGUGGUGGGAGCAGGCCUAUCCGGCAGCUAGGAGGAAUAUGAUGUACUUAUUGGCAAAGUCUAACCGGCGAUUUAUCGAGAGGGUGGGGUGGUUGAGCCACUGGGCACGACUUUUGCUGGUGCGAUAGGGCUC